AUGGCACCCAUUGCAGAUACACCACUCAGUGGAUCAGAUCCAAACAUGGAGAAGUCCGCUGAAGAAACAGGAUCUCCUGGUCUGGGGACACCACAGUCUCCAUCGCAAUUAGAGCAGCAAUCAGGCCGAGCAGACCUCGAGCGACUUGGUCGAGAGCGUCCUCCAUGCUUCUCGAACAUUUGGUCGGAACUGGCUUUUGGAUUUUCCAUCGUCAUGUCCCAGAUUCUUGCGGAAUAUUACAUAUCUGGCUCAAAUGUUCUUGUUCCGACACUGGUCAAAGAAUUGCACAUCCCAGAAGCGUCGGUGGUAUGGCCAUCAACCGCACUGUCUCUCGUUGUUACGUCAACGCUUCUCAUAUUCGGUCGACUUGGAGACAUGUACGGGGGUUAUGUACUAUAUCUUGCAGGGGCAGGCUGGCUGGCAGUCUCAUCAAUCCUGGCCGGCUUCUCUCAAACCUGGCUAAUGCUAAUCAUUUGCCGAGCUCUGCAAGGAUUUGCUCUUGCCGCGUUCCUUCCGUCUGGGAUCAUGAUCUUGGGUAGCACAUAUCGACCCGGUCCGCGGAAGAAUCUCGUCUUCAGCGUCUACGGCGCAUGCGCGGCGUUGGGUUUCUUUGCCGGUAUUUUCUUCUCAGGCCUCUGCAGUCAGUUCCUCACCUGGAGAUGGUACUUUUUCAUUGGAGCAAUCCUUUCCGCCGUCACUUUCAUCUCUUCAUAUUUUUCAGUUCCCAGUGACUUUGCUGAGAGGAAAAAGGCAAACGUUAAGAUGGACUGGGCUGGAUGCUGUCUUUCCGUACCAGGAGCUGUCCUGCUCGUGUUUGCGAUUGCGGAAAGCUCCUACGCACCACAAGGGUGGAAAACACCAUACAUACCCGUUUGCUUCUGCUUGGGGGUGAUCUUUCUGGGACUUAUGGUCUACGUGGAAGGGUGGGUGGUCGAGAACCCCCUGCUUCCCGGGGACUUGUUUGCAGUCAAAUACCUGACACCGCUGGUCAUUUCACUGCUUUUGCUCUACGGGAGUCUCGGUAUAUACUUUUUAUAUGCAGUUCUAUACAUGUCGGAUGUCAUGGGUGCAGGCCCGCUACAAAUCGUGGCAUGGACAGCCCCUAUGGGGGUUGGAGGCCUCAUCCUUGCGACCGCAGGAGGGCUUAUCAUGCACAAGGUCUCGGGAACAAUCCUCAUGCUGAUCUCCUGUAUCGGAUACGCCGGUUCGGGGCUGUUCUUCGCUGUGAUUCCUGACGGUGGGAUAUAUUGGGGUUUCGUCUUUCCUGCCAUGAUUUGUGGCACCGUCGGGAUCGACAUCAGCUUCAACAUUUCAAACAUCUUCAUCACCACUCAUCUGCCCAAAGCCAAGCAGGGAUUGGCCGGGGCACUGAUCAAUUGCACGCUACACUUCGGCAUUGCCAUUUUUCUUGGGUUCGCGGAUAUUGUCAAGUCGGAAACAGAACACCUGGGCCAGUUCAAGAGCUUCAAGGCUGUUUUCUGGUAUGAGACGGCGCUGGCAUUAGUUGGUGGGCUGGUGGUUGUGUUCUUCGUGCGGAUUCACCAUGCAAAGAGUGAUUUCACUGUGGAAGAGAGAGAGGCGUUGACCGCCGAAAGCCGGAAUACAUAG